GUUCAAGCGGUCGAGAUAAGGACACAACGUCGACGUUUGCUAAAGGCUUGGGAUUGUCUCAAUGCCACAAUUGAAUUGCGUUCUCGCAUGCUUCAGGACGCCGAGACGUUGUCUAAGUGGUGUACUUGGCUUCAUCACACCUUGACUUGGAUCACAUCCAGUCACAACAUCAUCGUCUCAGCUCAAAAGCAUGAGAAUCAAGAAAUUGAAGUGCAUUCUGAUGGACAGCACAUUGUUCAUGUUGUUGGGGUCGUUGAGGAACCGAUGGAUCUGAGUUUUGAAGGAUUGGUGAAUUUCGGAUGGAUGAGAUUGAUGAACCAACACAAACAAGUGUGGGAUGAAAUUUGUGCCUGUGAGGUGAGCAUUCAAAGUCACUGUGAGGAGGGCACCACCGCAAUCAACUUUCAUGGUGUUCUGGAGACCGAUGAUUUUACAACCAUGUCAACCUUCUUCGACAUCCAUAAAAUGUUGGCCAAAAGUGUGGCUCAACUCCAAGCCGACUUGUGUGACGGAGGGUUAACGAAUGAGGGCGGUGUUGCCUCGGAUGUGCAAAAGGCUGCUUUCACUUCUCUGUGUGAGGUCAAACCCCUCCGACCCUCACAUUUCAUGAAGAGUGCGGCUGCUCUCUUAAUUGUCCAUUUCUACCGACUUAAAGUGGCUUGGUGGCGAUAUUGGCGUCAUUUGGAGGCACUGAGCGCCAAGUUGGAUUUAUUGAGAGAUAUUCAAAAUUUUGAGAAUUGGCUCACAUCAAUGGAAGAAGGCAUGGAUACAAGGGGUUUGGGUUCUAGCCUGGAGGAGACUAUGGCUCUCACUGAUAAACAUCGCGAGUUUUCACGAAGCCUUGCACUUCAAGGUGAAAAGUACAAGCGUUUAGCUGAAUUUGAAAUGGGAGAUGCGAAGCCACUUGAAGAUGCACCACUUGAACGCAUGGAGGGAGCGCUUCAUCACAAAGUGAGAAGUCAAAGACGCCUUAGCGGUGUAAAAGGUCUCGAACACUGGGAAAAGUGCUAUGCCCUGCUGAAACCCACUACAACAUCUUUGCAUGUACUUAACCUAGGCGGCCCUCCGACAGCCAAGAGAAGCUGGCCGCCCGAAAAUUCUAAUGCUGAACUCAGGUUGCCGCUGUUUCAAAAAAUGGCUGCCACUUUGGUGGAACAGAGUGGUGUCGACUCAGGAGUCUUCAAGAUACACAAUCCCGUGACUGGUGAAUAUCAUGAUUUUAAGGCAAGGACUCAUGUUUAA